CAUUAUAACCAUCUCUGCUACUUAAACCCUGUAAGUUAACGUGGCCUAAAUGUGUGUCACUGGGAAUCUUCUGUCACUUACAAACCGCAUACUUCUGCACUAAAUAGUGUACCAAAAACAGCUCACGUGCUCUACAGUAGAGUAGCACACGAUGCGAUUUGGGACGCAGCCAUAUAAGCGACUGUUUAUAAGCGCUGACGUAGAAGCGAGAGAGAGACACACACACACACACACACGCACACACACACACACACACUGGAUAUACAGUUCUAAACUAUUAAGCUCUUUUGUAUUGACAUAUUACUAAUAGCAGUAUUAUUGAAUGUAAUUGGAGUGUGGUGGUAGGUGUUCAGGUGGUAAUGCGGGGGUUGGGGUGUGGCGUAUAGCUUUAAGAGCUCCUCCUCCUCCUCCUCCUCCUCUGCCGCUGUCCUCCUCCGUGUAGGUGCUGAAACACUCCAACCGUUUCAAUCCCUGAGCAGCCAUGGCAGAAAUAAAGACGGGCAUUUUCGCCAAAAACGUCCAGAAGAGGAUCAGCCGGGCUCAGGAAAAGGUGCUGCAGAAGUUGGGGAAGGCUGAUGAGACAAAAGAUGAGCAGUUUGAACAGUGUGUUCAGAACUUCAAGAGGCAGGAGUCUGAGGGUGCAAGGCUACAGAGGGAGAUGAAGGCUUAUAUAGCAGCUGUGAAAGGAAUGCAGCAGGCCUCCAUGAACCUGACAGAAUCUCUUCACGAAGUGUACGAGCCUGACUGGCAUGGCAAGGAUGAUGUGAUGUCUAUUGGAAAGAAUUGUGAUGCAUUAUGGGAAGACUUCCAUCAAAAACUGGUGGACUCCACAAUCUUAGCACUGGACACAUAUUUGGCUCAGUUCCCUGAUAUCAAGGUGCGUGUAGCGAAGCGGAGCAGAAAGUUAAUUGACUACGACAGUGCAAGGCACCAUUUUGAGACCCUGCAGACAUCUGCCAUUAAGAAUGAAAGAAAGGUCGCAAAGGCAGAAGAAGACUUGAAAAAGGCACAGAAAGUGUUUGAUGAUCUGAAUGUGGAUCUGCAAGAUGAGCUGCCCAAUCUGUGGGACAGUCGAGUGGGCUUUUAUGUGAACACCUUCAAGAGUGUCAGCAGCCUGGAAGCCAAAUUUCACAGGGAAAUCUCAGUUUUCUGUCACAAGCUGUAUGAGGUGAUGAACAAGCUUGCAGAGCAACACUCAGACAAAAUGUUCACCAUUCAAGGAGCACCCAGUGACUCGGGUCCACUGCGCUUGGCCAGGACCCCAACACCUCCUGAGGAUGAGAGUCCAGAGGACAGCCCUGUUGUCAGCCCCAACCACACACUGAGACCUACUUCACCUGGCCCUCCUCGACCUAAAUCCCCCUCACAGCUCAAGAUGGGACCGCCAAAGCCUCCUCCUCCCAAAGUCACUCCAACCAAGGAGAUGCCCCAAGAGCAAAUCAUCAACCUGUUCGAUGGAGGCUUUCCAGAGAUCAGUGUUACCUCACCACAGCCAAAUGAGAAACCCACAGAAUCUCUCCUGGACUUGGACUUUGACCCAUUCAAGCCAGACAGCAAUCAAACCAUUGGUCAAACCCAGUCAUCUGCAUCUCAGGCAUUAUCCUGGGAUCUUUGGACGACAAAUACUGAGGCCCAGCCUGCUUCAGAUGCUGGUUUCAAUGCCAACUGGACGGCUGACUUUGGUUCUGCAGCUCAAGAUUUGGGAGAUGUUCAGCCUGCAACAGAUGGGCAAGGUUGGCCUCCUGCAGAAGGAUGGUCCACAGAUACAGUGCCCCAAGGAGAAGCCACAGGCGAGGUGGAUUCCUCAGUUCCAACAUUUGUGGCUGACUUUGAUAAAAUGUCUGAGGCCCCAGAAGGGGCAGAAACUGGUACAGAAGCAGCCCCAGAGGGAGUGGGAGAGGGGGAAGGGGAGGUGUCCCCAGCCCAGGCCCCAGAGGCUGAGGGCAGUGUCACAACUCCUCCUGAACAAACCACUACUGAACCGGCAGAGACCACUGCUGCUAGCAGCCCACCUGCAGAGACUGCUUCUAGCAUAGUGGAGUCUUCUGAAGCUGCUGAAACUAUGGCAGCAGAGCAGACUGAGACCACCCCAGUUGAUGAGACUGAGAAAGAACAACUCAUCCAAGCGGCUCCGGAGGAAUCUGCUCCAGUAGCAGAACGAGGAGAGGAGCCAUCUACAGAGGCUCUGGCACCUGCAGAAGAAAAAGAGUCUCCUAUUGAAGAGACUCCGACCAUAGAUAACAAACCAGAAGAUGCAACCAGUACAGUAGAGACCAAACCCGAAGAUGAAACCGCUACCCUAGAGGUCAAACCAGAAGAAGAAACUGGUACAGUAGAGAUCGAACCAGAAGGAGAAACUGGUACCAUAGAGGUCGAACCAGAAGGAGAAACUGGUACCAUAGAGGUCAAACCAGAAGGGGAAACUGGUACCAUAGAGGUCGAACCAGAAGGAGAAACUGGUACAGUAGAGGUCAAACCAGGGGAUGAAACCAGUAAGGAAGGGGCUUCAAAGAAUUUUGAAGAGGAGGAAAAGAUGCCUAUUCCCUCUGUGGUCAUUGAGCCUGCUUCCAGCAAUGAGGGCGAUGAUGACAGAGAUGGUGACAUUAUAUCUCCAAUAGCAUCUAGUGAAGAUGGAGUGACACCAGACAACCAGACAGCCAAAGAUAUUUCCAACUCUGGCAUGCCUCCAGGCUUUCUGUAUAAGGUUGAAACAAUGCAUGACUUUGAGGCUGCAAACCCAGAUGAGCUUGAACUGAAGAGGGGAGAUAUUGUUCUUGUUGUUCCCACAGAGCUGGUGGAAGAUCAGGAUGCUGGCUGGCUCACUGGCAUCAGGGAGAGCGAUUGGCUACAUCAGGGAGCCUCUGCUCAGAAAGGAUUAUUUCCAGAGAAUUUCAUACAGCGACUGGACUAAAGCCUCAGAGCAUGCUGGGACACGACGUAUAAAAGCCAAGAGCUGCAGACAGUCCUAACACUACAGUGCAGUCUGGAGCCCUGACACACAGUUGUGGAUCAGAGCGAACAAAGCAAAUCAUAUCUAAGAGGAAAAUACACAAUCAACAAAAUGCGAGGACACAAAAGCUCUACUCAGAUUGUAAAGAAAAUAACAGAGCAUGAUGCGAUAGUAUGGUCUACCUUACUCUUGAAUUGAGAGUUCUCUGUUUAUGUUUGUUUACUUGUAAGCAGCAACGAAUUGAUGUGUGCUUUUUUGGAACUGUGGUGACCUCCACCUGUAAUCCCUGUAAUCUGUUUAAAGGUAAAUUAUGCUCUGAAGACAAAAAAAUAUUUUCUCUGCAAGUGUAUCGUAUCGGGUUUGUUGCUCUGCAGCAAAUUUUAUCCAAAUUUGUAGUGAUAUGAUCUAUUUAACCGUUCUAAGUGUUACGCAAGACUUCAAUGUUUCCUUUAAGACAUUUCCGACCUAAAUGUUACCUUGCAUCCUUGUUAGUGUUCUCUGUAGUUUUAAUGGCUGGACAUGUAUGGCUCUGGUGAUCAUUUCUGGAGAAACCAAUAUCGAUAUUUUGUGAUUUUAGUAUUAUAAGUCUCUACCUGAAGACAGAAUUCCAGAUAGAACCUUGUAAUACUAAGGGCACAAUUUGCUUAGUAAAUACUUGCUGUGCUCUUGCCAAAAUAAUAAUAAUAAUAAUAAUAAUAAUGAAAUCCUAAAUAUGUGACCUGAUUAAAAGAGAAAUAUGGAUAUCUGUAGAGUUAUGAACAUGAAAUGUUUCAAGAAGAACAUCCUUUUUUGGGGUGGGGGUGGGGUGGGGUGGGGGGGCAAAAUGCAGCUUUGCAAAAUACACAACACAGAACCUAGUGAUAAACGUUUACUUAUACCCACAAUUAAAUAAAAAAACAACAAUUACCCUGCAGACAUUUCUGAAAAAAAAAAAGUGUUGGAUAAAGUUUUAUGUUUUGAAAAGUUCUAUUUAUUUAACUUUAUAUUUUUUAAUGUGAAGCUCAUUGGGAGAGUUUUGGGCUGGGAUCUCUGCAAAAAUAUGCAAUAUGUGUUGUUUGGUUUAAACCGUAACCAUUGUCUUGAUUGUUUAGAGGUAAAGGUCAUUCCUGUGUUUGUUAGCCUUCACUGUAGAGAAUUUUUGUGAUGUACAUAUCUCCGUUAAUUUAUCUUUAAAGUGAAUAAAGAAUACUCCAUAUGGCUUUGUGUUUCUUCUUCAGGAAAGCAAAUCUAUUUUCAACUUAAUCAGCAACAAUGUCAACUGAAGCAACUUGACACAAUGUACUUUAAAUCCUCAAAAUGCAUACAUACGACACGCACAAAACAUUCUUUGGCUUAGAAUACGUCUUAUUACGUUUAUAGUGUGACCGUCAGAGUCUGGAAAUGAAUGUACACAUGUAAAACUAACUUGUGGCCACUAGAGAGCGCUAUUGGCCUUGUUUUAUGUUUAUAAUGUCGCUGUCACGUCUCAAUGAUGUACAUUUGGAUUUUACAAUAAUCUUAUUUAAAAAAAAUUGCAUUAAAAAUAUAUGUCCUGAUACCCAGAAUUCAUCAUCUGUUACAAUUAUUCU